GUUCAAUCGUUCUACUGGCCGCGCGCGUACUACAUUCACCUCAAUAGACUAUUUCAACGCACGGUUUCUGUGUCUUUUUCAUUCAAUGAUGCUUUCGGCUGAUGAUUUAACUCCGGAUUCUGGUGGUCCACUCUCGGCUGAUGACUUACCUUCGGGUUCUGGUCUUCGACCUCUCUCGGCUGAUGAUUUACCUCCGGAUUCUGGUCGUCCAUGCCGCAUCCAAUGGAGCCCAUGCUGGGUGCUGGAUAACACUGUAAAGCUGGCCUCAGGCUUGACGGCGGCGGAGGAGGCCGCCUAUGAGGACAUCCAAGGGUAUUUCCGUCUUCUGGAGGCAGACCGAGACAGGCUCCGGGAGCUCGUCAAGAAGCCUAGCGAGAGGAUGCUCUGGAGACGGGAGCUUCAGAGGGCUUGCCACCAGGACGACUGGGAGGACUUGCGGAAGGAGUUGAAGGAGUUGAAGGAAUUAAGGAGACUGCAGGCUGGCCUCAGAGACACCAUUGUCAAGAAGGAAAUGCUCAAUAAUGAGCUGGAGACACAGAUGGAGAUAAGGCGCAUCUGUGAGAGUUGGUAUUUCCUGCUCAAUAUCGCUCCUGCUGUGGAGAAGAAGCGUGAGGAGACAUGGUGGUUUAUGGAAAUUGCAGAAAAACACCAGGCAGAGAAAGAUGCUGAGAAGGCAGCAAAGAAGGCACAGGAGGAAGCUGAAAAGGCAGCCAAGGUGGCAGCCAAGGAAGCAGAGAAGGCCGCUGAGAAGGCACAAAAGGAAGCUGAAAAGGCAGCUAAGGAAGCAGCCAAGGAUGCCAUGACGGCAGCAGAGGAGGAGGCUGAAAAGGCAGCCAAGGAGGCACAAGAGGAAGAUGAAAAGGCUGCCAAAGUGGCAGGGAAGUGUAAUAUUUCAUGACCCAAAUGCUAAAUAAAAUAGCCUAUUAUCUGGGCUGAUUACCAGUGCACAAUG